UAAGCGUGAAAGACUCCAUUUCCCAUGCAGCAUUGCGCGGGUGAAGUCCAUGUGCAGCAGUGUGGACAGUGUGUGCCUGCAUGGCAGAGACAGGAGCAUGGCGCGGCGCGUGCGUUCUUGGACACGUUAGAAACUCCGAGUCAACACGAGUUCAAUGCUGUGAGAGGUUGUGAAUUUGAGGAACAGAUGAUGCAGCGUGUGCUGUGUUCUGCAGCUGUCCCGCUGCGCUCUGUGUGCCUGGACCUCAACUUGAGGGACCUGAGCGUCCGUGCACAGAUCCUUCAUAUAAAGCGCUUUACUGUACGCUGCUUCAGCUCCUCCAGCAUCACCAGGAACUCAGAGUCCCACAAGACACGUCCUGAGGUUCAAACAGCUGCACAGAGAGAUGAGAGAAGCCAGGGAGAGACAGGAGCCUCACCACAGAGCAACAGAGACCUCGAUCCACUGCAGGACAAAUCAAUUGGCCUCUAUCAGAGGUUUAAGAAGACUUUUAAACAGUAUGGCAAAGUGAUGGUGCCGGUGCAUCUCGUCACUUCCACUGUGUGGUUUGGGACGUUUUAUUAUGCUGCCAUGAAAGGGGUGAACUUGGUGCCAUUUCUGGAGUACAUUGGCUUACCGGACAGGAUUGUAGGCAUUUUGCGAGAUUCUCAGGGUGGCUAUGCAAUAACAGCCUACGCAAUGUAUAAGCUUGCUACGCCAGCCAGGUACACGGUGACGCUUGGCGGCACGUCUCUCUCAGUGCAGUACCUCCGUAAACAUGGCUACUUCUCCACCCCUCCCCCGGUCACAGAGUACCUGCAGGACAAAAUGGAAGAGACCAGAGAGAGACUCUCUGAGAAGAUGGAGGAGACAAAAGAACGAUUUUCAGAGAAAAUGGAGGAAACUAAAGAGCUCCUGUCAGAACGCAUGGAAGAGACUAAAGAGCGCUUCGCUGAAAAAAUGGAGGAGACGAAAGACAAGCUGGCUGAGAAACUGCAGGAGACCAAAGACAAAGUGACUUUACGGAAGAAAACAGAUUAACAGAAAACGAUGAGUCUCAGAGGGUUGUAAAAUUUUACAAAUCACUUCCGAACAGUAUAAAUGUUCUGAUUCGUUGCAAACUUCCUGGCUUACUGCAAAUUGUAAUUGAUCCAAAGGGCCUGAAUUCUCAUUUAUUUUAACAUUAUUCAGUAAGACCUAGAAACCUGAACAUGUACAUAACUAAUUAGGACUGAUUUCUACUUCUGGACUGAUGCACAUAGAUGUGCUUGUAUGAGGACAGAGAAAAGGGGUUUAUGGGUAAUUGCACACAUUAACAAGAAAAUCCUAGCAAGCAGACAGAAAAACAGAAUAUUACCACAAAAACAGUGAGGCAAAAGACUGCUGAUUUAAUAAGCAGCACCUUCAAUUUUUUUUCAACCAAAGAGACUACAGUCCCUCAUUCUCAGUUUCUAUUGGCUCACCAGGCCGAGGCUCAUGAAUUCACAGGCCAGUGUUCACUUAUCAAGCUGUAUCUUUUUUUACCUUUAGUAUGUAUCUCUGAGAAGGAAACAUGACUAUAGUAUACCUUUCAAAAUAAGAUACAUAACUGGACAUUUAAUACAACAUACUUUUAUUCUAAAAGCUAAUUAAAGGUAGACGUGUACCUUUCCCAGGUAAAACAUAUAUACGAAAAGUAGUUUGGUACCUUUAUUUCUAAGAGUAGAUAUUUGGCGCAAACCGAUAGUAACCACUACCAGAAGCAAAUGUGUGUCUUUGAUCUUCAGGAAUUUAUUUUUAUUUGUUUGGUCUGACCACUGCUUUAUCUGAAAAAGCAGGAAAGUGCUGUUUUCAUCGUAAAACGUAAAUGGCUACUGUGUAGAGGUUGGCACAUCUGUAGACAUAUAACUCAGAGGUCAAGCAGACACUGUUUGUGCAGGGGAGAGUAUCUGGGAGUUCACUGGGUUUGAGAUGAAACUUGAACCAGAGUGGAACUAGCACAAAAACAAAAUGGGACAGUUUCUCAGAGCAGGAGUGACAUUUUAAAGCACUUGUAUGCCCCAGUGUCAAAACUUCAAAACUGAAUUGACAAGGAAUAGUUGGGAGAUGGUGAAAACGUAAGACAUUUCACUGUAAUGUGCCCACAAAUGAUCCUCAAGUGCAGUGGAAGCAACCAGAUUCUUCAUUUCAUCCAGCACUCUUCUUGUUCUGACUUUGUUUUCUGUCCAUGCUGCUUUGGCACAUGUGUCAACUUCUCCCUAUAUUAGGAAACACCUCAGCUGUUGUGCAGACAGGCUUGUUUACACUGUAUUUUAAUCCAGCUCACUUCGUGAAGCCACCCUUUCUGCAGCCACAGGUUCUUCCAUCCCGUUGUUCAAAGGCAGUUUGUUUACGUCUCACUCAUAUAUAAUGCAACAUGGUGCGUCUACCUGGUGUCUUGAAAAUAAUAAAAUGCUUCCAUACUAGCAGAGCAGGACAGGUGCUCUUUAUAUGACUCUACUAAUACUGUGUGCAAAGGUUUUAGUAGCAUCCAUGUUAAAAAAAAAAAUUAUACUGCCUGGGUCUCACUUUCUCUAUUGAAUGUAGUAUGACGAUGACACAAUUGUUGUAUAAAGCUUGAAAUAGCAAAAGUGUCAAAUUUAGGAAUUUAGUAAAAGAAAUAAUGUGUGAAGAUAUUUAAUGAUGACUUAAAAAAUGUAAUGUUUGUAGUACAGGUAUGUGUAUAACGGUGAAUCGAGUCUGAGGGAGUCAUCUAAAGCCAUAAGUGUGUUUGCUUUAUCUGUGUUUAUGGAGAUUAAUCUGUAUAUUAACAAAUCAAGAUUUUCACUAUUUUAUGAUUGAGCACACAGAUUGUGUUGGGGGGAAAAAAAUGCAACUAACCACGUUCUCUUCUAAUAAACUACUUUUGUUCA